AUGAAUCGAUUUUUUGGACAUUCGAAAUCUAAUGCGGCACCUAAACCCACUUUGAACGACACUGCAGCAACCAUCGACCUGCGAGUAGAAACGAUCAAUAAGCAAAUCGCUUCCGUUGAGCAAGAAUUACAAGCUUAUAGUCGACUACCUCCAUCAAAAAAAGCCAGUCAAAAAGCACGUGCAAUGGCACUUCUGAAUAAGAAGAAAAUGUAUGAAAGACAACGAAUGACAUUGGAAGGACAAGCUUCGAAUAUCGGUGCUACAGCUUUUGCUGUUAGCAAUAUUGAAACGCAAAAGCAGAUGUACAACGGAUUGAGAGAUGCAAAAACGCAGUUAGCCAAAGGUUAUAAAGAUUUGAAAAUCGAUAAAGUUGAGACGCUUAUGGAUGAACUUGAUGAUCAACUUCUUGAUCAAGAAGAAAUGAACGAUAUGUUUAGUCGACCUAUUGGUCAAGAUACCUAUAUGACCGAUGCAGAUCUUGAGAAUGAAUUAGCUGGUCUUGCUGAAGCUGAAUAUGGUAUAGAAUCGAAUGCUAUGUUCAAUGAUUUACAUGCACCUAGUGUGCCAAUUCAACCGAUUGAUGCAGGUUCUACAACUGCAUCGACGACAGCCAAGGAUGGUGUCGGCGUAGAUGAAUUUGGCUUACCGAAACUUCCAGCAACAGGAAUGAAAAACUAA